GCCAUGGCCGCUGAGCCUGCACGUCCGGAGCCUGUGCUCCGCAACGGGAGAGGCCACAGCAGUGAGAGGCCCGCGUACCGCAAAAAAAAAAAAAGGAUCAGGCUGAUCCUUUCUUGCAGAACUGAGGGUGCAGAACUCUUGAAAGGAAGACAACUAAACUCAGACACAAUGUAGUAAAAUUCUUCGUGUCCAGGAUCUAGUCAAAACUAAUAGAUGAUCCACUUGGCAUGAGAAUGUGACCUGUAACAAAGAAGGGAAGAGUCAUGGUAACAGAUCCAGGCGUGAUGGAAGUGGCGAGCAAGGACGUUAAAGGUGUUACUAAGAUGCUCUGUUUGCUCAAAGUAGAGAGAAAACGUUAAGACAGAAAUGGAAGAUAUAAAAAGGAAGGAAAUUGAACAGAAUAUCUCUGGAACAAGUGUCCCAUGCAGAAGAAUUCCACAUUAUUUCUGUUGACUCCCUUCAAAGAGGUGACACGUAAUUCCCACCCUUCAGUGUUGGCUGCACACAGACUUCCUUCUGAGGAGUACAGGAGGGGGUGGGGGGAGAGACUGUACAGUGGAGACGCCUGACAGACAGGCCUCCACCAGCAGUGAUGAGUCACGUUGACGGGUGUGCCCUGCCGUGCUGUGAUGGGCAGUGCAAGCCACCUCUGUGGUCUUCCUCUCCAAAAACUUACAUAACCCCAACUCCUCAUGAGGGGAAAACAUCAGACGAAUCCAAGUUGAGCAACAUUCUACACAGAAGCAGCCCCGUCCUCAAAGCUGUCAGGGGCGUCAGGAACCAGGAAAGUCUGAGACUGUCGAGAAUGACGUAAGGAGACGUGCAUGGAAUGGAAUGUCUCAGAUGAUUGUCCUGGAAUAGAAAGACCUAUCAGAGUGGGAACAGCUUCCACGUGCUGGACCAGGGCCAGUUCGCCAAGGAGGUGCUGCCCAAGUACUUCAAGCACAGCAACAUGGCCAGCUUCGUGCGGCAGCUCAACAUGUAUGGCUUCCGGAAGGUGGUCCACAUCGAGCAGGGCGGCCUGGUCAAGCCAGAGAGGGACGACACCGAGUUCCAGCACCCGUGCUUCCUGCGCGGCCAGGAGCAGCUCCUGGAGAACAUCAAGAGGAAAGUGACCAGCGCCAUCUCAGUGACUGCUCCCCUGGGGACCCAGGUGUCCACCCUGAGGAGCGAGGACAUAAAGAUUCACCAGGACAGUGUCACCAAGCUGCUGACCGACGUGCAGCUGAUGAAGGGGAAGCAGGAGAGCAUGGACUCCAAGCUGCUGGCCAUGAAGCAUGAGAACGAGGCCCUGUGGCGGGAGGUGGCCAGCCUGCGGCAGAAGCACGCCCAACAGCAGAAAGUCGUCAACAAGCUCAUCCAGUUCCUCAUCUCGCUGGUGCAGUCGAACCGGAUCCUGGGGGUGAAGAGAAAGAUCCCGCUGAUGCUGAACGACAGCAGCUCCGCGCAUUCCAUGCCCAAGUACGGCCGGCAGUUCUCUCUGGAGCGCAUCCAUGGCCCGGGGCCCUACUCGGCUCCGUCCCCGGCCUAUAGCGGCUCCAGCCUCUACCCCCCAGACGCUGUUGCCAGCUCCGGACCCAUCAUCUCCGACAUCACCGAGCUGGCCCCCGGCAGCCCCUUGGCCUCCGCAGGCGGGAGCGUAGCUGAGAGGCCCCUGUCCAGCAGCCCCCUGGUUCGAGUCAAGGAGGAGCCCCCCAGCCCACCUCGGAGCCCCCGGGCAGAGGAUGCCAGUCCCAGCCAGCCGUCUUCCGUGGUGGAGACGCCCCUGUCCCCGACCGCCCUCAUUGAUUCCAUCCUGCGGGAGAGCGAGCCUGCGCCGGCCGCCUCGGCCCCGGCCCUCGCCGAUGCCGGGGGCCGCCCCCCCUCGCCCCGGCCUGCCUCGGCCCCCGAGAAGUGCCUCAGCGUAGCCUGCCUGGACAAUGUGGCUCGCGCUCCACAGAUGUCUGGGGUCGCCCGCCUCUUCCCCUGCCCCUCCUCCUCUCUACAUGGCCGAGUCCAGCCAGGGACCGAGCUCAGCGACCACCUGGAUGCCAUGGACUCCAACCUGGACAACCUGCAGACCAUGCUGACAAGCCACGGCUUCAGCGUGGACACCAGCACCCUGCUGGACUUGUUCAGCCCUUCGGUGACAGUGCCUGACAUGAGCCUGCCCGACCUUGACAGCAGCCUGGCCAGCAUCCAGGAGCUCCUCUCUCCCCAGGAGCCCCCCAGGCCUCUUGAAGCAGAGAGCAGCAGCCCUGACUCAGGGAAGCAGCUGGUGCACUACACGGCCCAGCCCCUGCUGCUGCUGGACCCUGGCUCCGUGGACGUGGGGGGUGGCGACCUGCCGGUGCUCUUCGAGCUGGGAGACGGCUCCUACUUCUCCGAGGGGGAUGACUACACAGACGACCCCACCAUCUCCCUGCUGACGGGCUCCGAGCCCCCCAAAGCCAAGGACCCCACUGUCUCCUAGAGGUCCCAGGAGGAAGGCCGGCCUGCGCCCCACACAGCCCCACCCCACCCCACCCCCCAGUGCAGGGCUGGUCUCAGUAGUACCGGGCCGGCUGGGCGGGCAUGGCCCCCAGUCAGCACCGAGGGCCCAGCCCCAUGAGCAGUUGCCUGCUGGGGCCUUCACGGCCACACUCGGACUGACCGGUACGCGGGUGCUCAUAGAAUUGUAUUUUGGAUUUUUACACGAGAGUCCCCCCUUUCCCCUUCUGUAGAGAUAUACAGGCAUAUACGUGGACGGACGGACAGACGAGACAGAGAUCUAUAAACGACGGGCUGUGUG